AUGACGAACUCGAAACUAAUAACAGCAGCCUGUGAUUUCUCAAUGUCCAAGAGAAGAACCCCUAGGGCGGGAAAACCACCUGUCCACUAUUGGAACAACGAGAUAUCCAAGCUGAGACAGGAGUGUGUUAGGGUCAAGCGGUGGAAAACAAGAAUGGCAGCCCACAUACACCGACUAAGACAGCAAGCAAUAGAUUCUGGAGUUGACUUUGACCAUGCCCGAGCGGAAGCCGAGCUAGAGAUGUCAAAUGGUAAACACCAGGAUGCGAAACGGGAAUUGAAGAUCGCCAUUCUACAAAGCAAAAAGAAGUGUUGGACGGAGCUUAUAGAGUCAGUAGAAAGAGACCCAUUUGGGAAACCGUAUAAAAUGGUAAUGCGUAAGUUGGGAGGUGGCCCCCCGGUUACAGUAACGAUGGAGCCGCAAUGCGAACGGACUAUAAUAGACACGUUGUUUCCAAAUCACGAUGUCACAAAUGAGCUACUUCAAGGACACCUAGAAUUACUAGACUGUGAGCUGUUCUCAACUCAAGAAGUGAACAACGCUAUUAACGUGGUCAGAACAAUAAAUAAGGCCCCUGGACCAGACUGGAUUACAAGCCGAAUUAUUUGGGCAGUACAAAAAGUUUACCCACAAAUGUUUCCCAACAUAUUUAACAACUGUCUAUCCAGUGGCAUAUUUCCUAUACGAUGGAAGGAAGGAAGGGUGGUACUCCUCAGAAAAGGUAACAAGCCGAAAGGGAUGAAAUCGUCUUACCACCCUCUUUGCCUCCUAAAUGACGUUGGAAAAGUUCUUGAACGCCUCCUGAGUACAUGA